AUGAUCCGUAUUCAGAAAUGUGCUUUCCGAAGAUUUAGCACUUCAGCACUCAACAGAAAUUUGUUUGGCGGCGGCAAAGUUGUCACUACGCCUCAUGCAGCACCUUCCAACAAGCUGGAGACUACAAGCAAUCCUGCUGAUCUUUUUAAAAAGAAUGAUAUUCUCAUGUACUCACAGAAACCCAUCAAUUACAUUGAAUCAGUGAAGCAGAACGGUUAUCAUUUGGCCAAUAAUAUACUUAUCACUUCGCCCAAUAAAGAGGGCCAUGAAGUGGGUACUUUACUUCUAGAGAAUGAAAGUUACGAGGUUAAUCUUCUGAAUGGAGGGUACAAGGUCAUCAACGGAUUCAUAGUCGAAUUCAGCGAAGAAGAAGUUCUACAGAUAUUUAAAAAGAUACAUCCAAAGCCUGAAAUUGCUGUCGUUGGCUUAGGUAAGAAGUCAAGGAUGCUUUCAGAAAAAUCGAGGAAAUAUUUCUCGCAGAUGGGCAUACAACUCGAAGUUGGUGACUCGAAGCACGCCGCACAAAUAUAUGACUUGCUAGCUACAGAAAGACCAGGCGUUAUUGCUGCUUUGUUGCUACCUCCGAACGUGUAA